AAAAAAAUGAGAAAGUGCAGCUCUUCCUGUUCUACAUGUGUGUUGGUCUCUGAUAAGAAGCGAGUCAUGAGCAGGAAAUCCGUCAAAGGGCAACAUUACAACCAACUCUGCUUCAGCCUGCGAGGAGUGGAGCAAUCAGACAGUAGCAUGCGAAAUGGCCGAUGUGGUGGAGAACAGCACUGACAAGGGCUCGGGCUGCCAGGCUGGGAAACAUAGCUGGACCGUUGAGGGGCUGAGGGAAGGAUCAUCCGAUGGGACGGUGACAUUCGACGAUGCUGGCUUCUCCACCAUCCUGCAGGGCGGCCUGGAUGACCUCCGGCUGGACAGCUCCCUCACUGAUGUUGUCCUGUGUGUGGAUAAAAGAGAAUUUUCCUGCCACCGGGUUGUCCUGGCAGCUGCCAGCAGUUACUUCAGGGCGAUGUUUUGCAAUGAUCUUAAAGAAAAGCAUGAAGAAAAGAUAGUGAUUAAGGGAGUCGAUGCGGAUACCAUGCAGAUGUUACUGGAGUACACUUACACCAGCAAAGUCUCUAUCACCAGACAGAAUGUCCAGGCGACCUUGGAAGCUGCCAGUCUCUUUCAGUUCCUGCGGAUGGUGGAUGCAUGUGCCAGCUUCCUGAUGGAUGCAGUGCACCCGGACAACUGCGUGGGAAUCCUCCGGCUAGCCGACACUCACUCCCUGGACAGCCUGCGGAGACGCGUUCAGAGCUACAUCAUUCAGAACUUCCCUCAGGUAUUGACUCACGAGGAGUUCCUGGAACUGCCAGCGGAGAUUCUCUCGGAUAUCCUGAGGAGCGACGAGCUGUACGUGACGGAUGAGGAGCAAGUGUUUGAGACAGUGAUGCGUUGGGUGCGCUAUCGGGAGUCUGAGAGGUGCCAUCAGCUCCCCCAAGUCCUCAGGCAUGUACGUCUCCCCCUCCUGGACCCCUGGUACUUUGUGGAGCAAGUGGAGGGCGAUGAACUUGUUCGGCAAAACCCUGAUGUCUUCCAUUUGUUGCAAGAAGCUAGGAUGUACCACCUGUCAGGCAAUGAGAUUAUCUCAGAGAGGACGAAACCCAGAAUGCAGGAAUUCCAGUCAGAGGUCUUCAUGAUAAUCGGUGGCUGCACCAAGGAUGAGAAGUUUGUGUCGGAGGUGACCUGUUUAGACCCACUCCGACGGAGCCGCCUGGAGGUAGCCAAGCUGCCCAUUACAGAGCUGGAGAUAGAGAGUGAGAACAAGAAGUGGGUGGAGUUUGCCUGUAUCACAUUUCGGAAUGAAGUCUACAUCUCAGGUGGUAAAGAGACACAGCAUGAAGUGUGGAAGUACAACGCCUCCUUAAAUAAGUGGAUUCAGGUUGAAUAUUUAAACACUGGAAGGUGGCGGCACAAGAUGGCAGUUCUGAGUGGCAAAGUGUAUGCAGUGGGCGGUUUUGAUGGCAUUUCACGCCUCAACAGUGUGGAAGCAUACGAUCCCUUUCACAACUGCUGGUCAGAGGUAGUUCCACUCCUUGUAAAUGUGAGCUCGUUUGCAGCCACCACCUAUAAGAAGAAACUCUACGUGAUUGGAGGAGGACCCAAUGGGAAGUUGGCCACUGACAGAACCCAAUGCUAUGACCCGAGAGUAAAUAAAUGGAGCCUCAAGUCACCGAUGCCUGUUGAAGCCAAGUGCAUCAAUGCCGUUACAUUCAAUGAUCACAUUUAUGUUGUAGGUGGCGCAAUGAAGGCUCUCUACUGCUACGACCCUAUGGAAGACCUGUGGAGCCUGGUCACCCAGUUUGGCCAUGAACGUGCCAGCUGUGGGAUUGCGGCGUGCAACAACAAGCUCUUCAUUACCGGAGGGCGUGACGAGAAGAAUGAGGUGAUUGCCACUGUGUUGUGCUGGGACACAGAGAAGCAGAAGCUGACGGAGGAGUGUGUCUUGCCCCGUGGGGUCUCGCACCAUGGUAGUGUCACUGUUCGGAAGUCCUACACACACAUUCGCCGCAUCGUUCCUGGAGCCGUCUCCGUAUGACAGCAGGAAACCUACUCAAUUCCUGACUCAAGGAUUUCCAAAAAUCCACACUGUCCUGAAUUUCUACCCCACCAUUUGGAUGCAUUCUAAGAACCAAUUUCCUGUCCUGAUGGUCCAUUCUCUUUGGACAUUACUGGGGAAAUGACCACCAUUUUUGCAAUGGAACUCUGUGGGACAAACACUGUCUUGUCAAAAUAUUUGGGAAUUUGAAAAGAUUCUUUGCAGAUUUUUGGUUUGGAAAGCAGCUACACACUAGAUCUAGAAAAUGCACAUUGGAUAAACAAUAUGAUGUAAUGGAAACACUUUGGAAACAGUGGGAUGUAGAGUCAAUAUGUGAGGAGCAGAGAGAUAUUGAGAAGGUCAACACUGACUAAAAGAGAUAAAUUAUGGGGAUAGGUUGGAUAGACUAAGUUGGUAGGCAAGGUAUUAAGGAGCUGAAAAUGUGUUGCUGGAAAAGCGCAGCAGG